UGUAGUUUGUUAUGUUAGAAUUAGAAAUCGACGUGAGACGUUUAUGCGGACCGUAAACGGUGGUUGUAUUGUUGAGGAACGUUUUUUCGUUGAGGUGUUUUUUACCGUUUCCUGAUCGGAUCAAGCUGAAUGGCGACGUUCGAGCCUCGGAGAAGAGGUACGCAGACUAAAAAGGAUGAGAUAGUGAAACAACCACUGAGUGCUCUUGAGCCAGCUAUAAAGCGGUUUACUGAAAUUGCUAUACCUGAAGAUGUUAAACGAUUAAAGGAACAUCAAGAGACUAUGACACAACUGCAGCAAAGCUGCAAAUGGAGAGAUCUGUCUAGGGAACAAAUAGCAGCGACUUCAACCCUCAAGAGGCUGAAGCAACAUCUAGUUGAGAUGGAGCGACUAAAAAGUCGCGUUCACGACGACAAUUGCUUUGAGUUUGAACAGAAAAUACGUUCUAGUAAAGAAUCGGCUGUGGCAGCAUUACAAGGCUUUCGUCCUUCAGAAGAAGACCCACUUCUUGCUGGACAUCAUCCAUUAGCUGGAGGCGCAGAACUAAUGGCUCAACAACAGCACCAGUCUGUGGCUGGUAGCCAAGAAUCCCAAGAUGAAGACAGUGCUGUCUUAACAGAUUCGUGGCAAAAGUUGACCCAUGAGGUGACAGAGUUGAACAAUCUUGUUCAUGAAUAUGCCAAUCUAGUUCAUCAUCAAGGCGAGAUGGUUGAUUCCAUACAAUCAAACAUAGAAGGGGCACACCAUAGUACCCAGCAGGCAGCCAGGGAUGUUGGCAAGGCAAGUGUAACAAAGGCAGCAAUUAUUCCCUUGACUGGGGCCGUCGUUGGGACUUUGGUUGGUGGCCCUGUUGGUCUCCUUAUAGGAGCAAAAGUAGGAGCUCUCCUGACAGCAGUUGGUGGAGGCUAUUUGGGUUAUAAGGGUGGACAGAUAUUCAAACGAAAGCGAGAACAUAAUGUCCAAGAAAAACUCGACAAGUUGUCAGACUCCAAGAGGAGCAGCAACUCUUAGUAACAAGGAAUGAGUGUAAGAUGGGAAGUUUGGUAUGCACGAUGUUUGUAUGUACACUGUCACCAGUGUUGUAAAUUGAUUAUUAACUACUCUA